AUGCGCUUCACACUCCUCCCCAUAUGUCUUGUGAUUACCGCCGCAGCGGACACGCUCCCCGGCCUCCCAACCGUCCCUUACACAACCACAGGCGGCACACUUCCGUCCACUUCCCUUAGCAAGAUCAUAGUCUCCUCCGAGUUCGCAGAAUCUGUUGAUGAGGCUGGACAGACCCUGAUCCCGCCGACGCUGCACUCUUUUGCUACGACCUUUGCCUCUGACCUCAGCUCCGCCCUCAAGCUCGACAUCCUCGUCGAGCUCGGCGACGCCGCGGAGCAGGGCUCGAUAUUCCUCACCCUCGGCGAUGCGGGACUCUACCUGGAUGCUGCGGGGCGCGAGACCUCGGAAGGAUAUUCGCUGAACGUGACCGCUGACGGCGUUUUGAUUACCGGCGCGAGCCCCUUGGGCGUGUGGUGGGGGACGCGGACGCUUCUGCAGCAGCUGAUCCUCGGCGGCGGGGAGGUGAACUUGGGGUACGGGGCCGAUAGCCCCGGAUGGGGAACUCGGGGCAUGAUGCUCGACAUCGCCCGCCAUUACUACCCCCCCGAGUUCCUCGUCGAGAUGUGCGCCUACAUGUCCUUUUUCAAACAAAACACGUUCCAGCUGCAUCUCAGCGAUAACCUCUACAACAACGUCGCCAUCUACUCCCGCGAGCGCUCUCUCUCGCUCUACGCCGCGUUCCGCCUUCUGUCCGACGACCCGUCGCUCGAGGGCCUGAACAAGCGUGCUAACGAGUCAUACACCCGCGACGUCUUUGACGAUAUCCAGACCAAAUGCGCCGCGCGGGGCGUGACGGUGCUGCCGGAGAUCGAGGCGCCCGGGCAUGCGCUCGUGAUUUCGCAGUGGAAGCCGGAUCUCGGGCUGGACAGCGAUUUGAGUCUGUUGAACGUCUCGAACCCUGAAACGAUCCCGACAAUGCAGAGUAUCUGGAACGUCUUUCUGCCGUGGUUUCACACCAAGACGGUGUCCAUCGGCGCGGAUGAGUAUGUCGACCCGGUGUUGAGCGAAGAGGCAUUGGUCGGCGAGUACACGCGGUUUGUCGACGAAAUGAGUGAUUACAUAACGAGCACAUCUGGAAAGAGCGUCCGCAUCUGGGGCACGUUCGCACCCUCGGUUGGCGGGACCGUCAACAAGUCCGUCUCGAUCCAACACUGGGCCAACUUCGAGGCCAACCCGCUCUACGACUUUAUCAACAACGGCUACGACGUGCUCAACUCGGGAGACUACGUGUAUACAGUUGGAAAGUGGUCGCAAAGCUAUGCACAAACACUUUCCCUUGACUUCAUCUUCCACGGGUCGCCCGACGGAUCGGCCUUUGCGCCCAACAUCUUUGAUCGCGACAACGCCACCAACAACGCCGCGAGAGACAGCCCGUCGCUUCUGGGACACAUCGCGCCACAAUGGAACGACUACGGCCCGAACGCGACGACGGUGACGGAGGCUUACUACCAGUGGCGGGAUGGCUUGCCUGCGCUGGCGGACAAGCAGUGGGGAGGCGAGGUCACCGAGGCUGAUUACCAAGGGUUGUUUUCUGCGCUGCAGCCCCUGACGCCCGGGCAGAAUCUGGAUCGCAGUAUUGCGUCCAAGGGCUCGACGAUUGUAGAAUACGAUUUCAAGCAAGCAAGGGGCAGCAAUGGCACGGCUGUCGAGGACUUGUCGGGGAACAAUUACCACGCGACGUCGACGUGCGCAAUGGGCGAAGAGGGCGCCAUCCUUGCGCCCUCGUGUCGUAUCACGACUCCGCUGGUGCAAAAGGGGCGGAAUUACACGCUCUCGUUUUCCAUCAAGCCCACGUCGGACGCCAAGGGGGCCAUCUUCAGCGGUGGGGACAGCGGGCUGUGGUUUGGCAACGGAACCGUGGACGCGGUCAUGCUGUUCUCAGGGGAGAGCACGUACGCGCUCAACUACACAUUCCCCGUGGGGCAUGGACGAACGCAAGCCUCAUCGGCAGGGGCAAGCAGACGUUCCUGGACGUCGGGGACGGCGAGCCCAUGGAGUUCUUGA